UAAUUCUUGAACUCAAGGACAUUCAGUAACAUAACUCAUGAAAAAAAGGAAAGUGAGAGAAAAUUUAUAAUAUCUAACUUUUAAAAUUCUUUUCCCUUCCAGACAAAAUUUGGGUUGAAAUCAUCCAAACUUUCGAUGAGGAUGAGGAAGAGGCUGAAGCACCUAACUCUCCCGAAAUCCAGGUUGGCAAUGCCAACCCUGGAUUUUUUAGAAGACUUUUGGGUUGGAGAAAAUAAAGGUGAGAUGAUAUUUCCUGAAAAAUAUCUCAAAAUCUUUCACCAAAAUGGAAAUUUGUAUUAAAAAUAAGAAUGAGUUGAAAUGUCCAUGAAGAUGAUGUUGAUGAUGAUUAUUGGUUGUUGAUGACGAUUAUUGGUUGUUGAUGAUGAUUAUUUCAGCAAUCCUUGGGUUGAAAAGCAUUCUGGUCUUGCUUAUUCUGUCCACCCACAAAGUGGAAUUGAUUUGUCUCUUACCAUUAGAAAAUCAAUGUUUGAAUCUCAGUUUUUUACCUUGCGAGUGAAAGCCUCCAGUUUGUGACAUUUUGUGGAGUAGCUAUUGAAUCCCACUCAAGGACAUUGAGUAUUUUAACUAAUGAAAAAAAGGAGGAGAGUGAGAGAAAAUUUAUAAUAUCUAACUUUUUAGUUUUUAAAUUCUUUUCCCUUCCAGACAAAAUUUGGGUUGAAAUCAUCCAAACUUUCGAUGAGGAUGAGGAAGAGGCUGAAGCACCUAACUCUCCCGAAAUCCAGGUUGGCAAUGCCAACCCUGGAUUUUUUAGAAGACUUUUGGGUUGGAGAAAAUAAAGGUGAGAUGAUAUUUCCUGAAAAAUAUCUCAAAAUCUUUCACCAAAAUGGAAAUUUGUAUUAAAAAUGUCAAAACCUUUUCUCGUUUGCAAAUUUUUUAAUGAAUUUCACUCGAUGCGCCAUAUCUAGCCCCCUUGAUAUUUUUUGGUGCAUUACGCCACUUCAAAGCAUAGAUAAAACCAAUUUCUAAUAGCAGUUUUGUCAAACAUAAAAUGCUCAGUGAAUAAUUUCGAUCAUUUUUUAAAAUCACAUAUCUUACUGCAAGUUAAUAAGAAUUCACAAUUAUUAGAUUAUUCUGUCCACCCACAAAGUAAAAUUGAUUUGUCUAUUACCAUUAGAAAAUCAAUGUUUGAAUGUCAGUUUUUUACCUUGCGAGUGAAAGCUUCCAGUUUGUGACAUUUUGUGGAGUAGCUAUUGAAUCCCACUCAAGGACAUUGAGUAAUAUAACUCAUGAAAAAAAGUAGGAUAGUGAGAGAAAAUUUACAAUAUCUGACUUUUAAAAUUCUUUUCCCUUCCAGACAGAAUUUGAACUUUGAACAAGCUGUCCUGGAGAGGGUUGCUGCCAGUGCUGCAGGUGAUGUGCACUAUAUACAGUGUGCAGGUUGAGUGGCUUGAGUUGAGGAAAGAGGGAGGAAGGAAGGCCAAAUUCAACGCAAGGUUUUUUUUCAUCUAUUUUUUUUGUAUUGCCCAUGUGAGCGAUACAUGUUUCUGGAGAAUUAUUUUAUUAUUUUUCUUUGCCGCUAUAUUUUAUAAACAUGCCACCAUUUUUGUCAUUGUCAAUACGUACAGGCUAUAAUUGUACCUAUUUAGAUGCUAUUUAUUACUUCUAUCCUCGGAAAGAGAUUUCUGAAAUUUAUAUAAAUUGUUCUUUUCCAAAUACUGUACAGAGAAACACAUGAUUAUUUGUUUUAUAAAUAGAUCAAAAAUAGAUUUAAUAGAUGCAUCUGAAUAUUUCAACAAUUAAGAAGUCCUGACACUAUAGAGAAUUUUUUGACAUUUAUAUGUCAUACAAAUAUUUAUAUAUUCUUAAUCACUUUUUUACAUUUUUCUUUCAUUUAUAAAACUUAACAUAGUUAUUUGAUGACAUAUUGUGCAUACAGUACAUAUGUUGUUUUCCACUCGCAUUGGGCAUUGUUCUUCACAACAUAUCAUAAAUCCAAAAAUCUUAGCUUGGUUCAUUGUCCAUUUGAAUGAAAAAUGGGCAAAGCAGGUCAUGUUCUGUGCAAGACUGAUCAUGCCAAACAAUUACAUCCCAAGAACAUAUGUAGGUUUUCAUAAUGGAUAAUUGGUAUCACUCAGUGACAACUAUGGUCAAUGUUGGGAAAUCAGCUAUUGGAUUUAAAAAUAACUUUGAAAAAAUUAAAAGACAACAUUACUAAAAUUAAGGACAUUUCAACAUGCUAAAACAUGUGCAUUAGUACAUAAGUACUUCACAAUUUUUUUUAGUAUUACCUUAUGGUUACAAUUAGGGUGAAAUAAAGUUUUUCUACAUACAACAUAGUAAUUCUUCAAACAUAGUUGAGAUGACACAUUCAAUACUUUACAUAUAUUUCUCCUUAUUCAUCACUUUAUCAAAUAAAUGAUCAAAGAUUGGUGAGCUGAAAAAUUGGUUCACCAUACAUGAACUUCCAAAGAAUCUUUGGAGAGAGAAAAGAGAACAUUAACUUCACUUUUUGAUUCCGUCCUAAACAAUCAAUUAUUUGGACACAAUUAAAAUAUAUGAUCCAUUCUCCUUUUUUACAAGGAAAUUAAGAGAAUAAAUAUGAUUUGGUUUAUGAUAGGUCAGCUUAAUUCUUGAACCAAACUUGAGUUAAUUUCUUGUUCACACUAUUGGCACAAACAUACAUAUACUAAAUACUUUAUAAAGUUGCUCAUGAAAACGGUAUAAUUUGAACAUGAUUUAAAAAUCAUUACAUAAAAAUAUUUGAAGUAUAAGUAACGAGUCUUUUCUCUAAAUUUGUAUAUCCAUUCUUCUGCUUGUGAUGGAUCAGUCGGCAUCUGGGAAAGAGUGCACGCUUGGCCACAACUUAAAAUAAUUUUAUGCAAGGAAGCCAUGGCCUUUUUAAAAGAACAUCUGUCCAUUUAUCAGACAGUAGACUCGCCACGAUCCGUCACCACAUCAGAGUUGACAUAGUCAUUCUCAUUACCUGUAGCGGCAUAAACCACAUGUGGGCUGAAAGUUAAGACUAUAUAUAUUUAACCUUCAUUAAUUCAUGUUCUGUUUCCCAAAUAAGGUGAAGUCAUUGCCAGUUGGUCACUGUGUAUGUUUUCUGGCCUAGUAACAAGGUUGUUUAUGAUAAUGUCAAUUCUGGUUGGUCAGCCACACCCUGGUCAGACCAGGGGAGCAUAGUAACAAUAAACCCAUUGGUCAAGACUUAGGCUGUUAUGCAAAUUAGCCUAAGCAUCUCAGAAGGGUGAUAAGCCCUCUGCAUCUUCCACCCCAGAAGGAAGAAAAGUUUCAUUGCAACAAGUUGUGCCGUUAUACAUUUGAUCAAAAGUUACUGAUAUUGUGAAACCAGGAGGUCAAACAAUCGCGAACCACCAAUUGCUUGCUCAUUCACGUUUGUCAAUCACUUCCAAGUUAUUUAUCGUUCUGUUCUACUUCGCCAUUUCUUAUGUUUCAUCGAUCAUUUUAUUUUCGAGUUGUGUGAACACGCCGUUAUUUCGUCCACCAAGUCUACUGUUAUCAUUAAAUGGAUGUCUUAACCUACAUGACUGUGUGAUUGGACAUUUAUCUUUGGAGUGUGCUGGUGCGUUCGGAUAUUGACUAUCCACGAGCCUAAGUUAAUCCUUAGCUGUAGCUUAACCGUGCAAGAAGCUACAUAAGUUCGCGAUUGAUUGUUUGUGAUUCAUCUCUAAACUUCACGAUCGCGGUGGAAGACUGGAUAAAGUUCACAAUAGCUUUAAUUAGAACGUUGAUCAUAUCAUCAUGUCACGUAACGGUGCUAACGAAGGAAAGUCCCAGUUAAUGCAGUCAUGUCGGGCUUAUGCUGGGAGCCUUACAAAGAAAUAUAAAGAACUGGAGGUGCUGAUGUUAGAUCCAGAAAACCUCGUCAAAGUCACCGGAAAGGCGGACCAGUUAGAUGAUGUAUUCAUUAAAUAUACAGAACGCUUUGGUGAGUACCACAAGUUGCUAACUGGGGAAGAGGCUGUUAAGGUACUGGAGGACUUUGACGCAGAGCAAACUAACAAGAGGGAAUUUGAUGAGCGAUUAUCAGUCUGGAUGAAGGAGGCCAAGGAGCACUGCCGGAAGAUUGCCGAACCCACAAAGGAGGAUGACGACUGCAUGUCGCUAAGGUCCUCAGGGAGCAACCAGUCUGUCCGGACAACAAGCUCAACAACCUCAUCGAGGCUGAGGGACGCGAGGAUCAAACCUGAGGUCGCUAAGUUAAAAUUAGAACAGAUAAAGGAAACUCAACGCCUCAAAAUGGAACAAUUAAAACUCGAACAACAAAUUGCGAAUGUUGAGGGAGUACAUGGGGUUCAGGAGGCUGAGAUUGAGUGUAAGUUAUUACUAGAAGAGGAGCAACCUCUAGUCGCUAGUGAGGUAAGUGCCUGUAAGAUCAGAUUGAAUCCUGAUGUUCCCCCAUGGACUGGUAGUAUACGUAAUGAUGUAAUGAUGCAUGUACCUCCUAAAAGUAAUUUAGAGGUAAAAGAUAUAUUCAGUGUUGUGGACCUGGCAAUGAAUAUGCCCAAACCAGAGUUAGAUUCAUUCAGUGGAAACCCUUUGGAAUACUGGUCCUUUAUUAAUAAAUUUGAGGCUGUCAUAGGGAAUAAGAACAUAGAUAGAAGUAAAUUGAUGUAUUUAAUUCAGUACUGUACUGGUAAGGCUAAGGAAAGUAUAGAGAACUGUUUACUUCUAGAUGCAGGUACAGGGUACAAUAAAGCAAAGGAAAUUCUGUCCAAACAAUUUGGACAGUCCUUUCUCGUGACCACUGCUCACAUCAACAAGGUUCUUAACUGCCAACCAAUUCGUCCGAAUGAUGGGGCUGCACUCUGGGACAUGGCAAGAGACAUGAGGAGGUGUGAGAUCGUGCUUUCUCAGAUGGGUUACAGUGCCGACAUGAACUCGUCGGAUAAUCUACUGAAGAUACAGCAACUGAUGCCAAUUCACAUGCAAUCGGAGUGGGCUAAACGAGCUCACAACAACAUGAUGCGAAACCGGAUUGCUCCCAACUUUAGCAUGAUGGUAGAGUUUGUUGAGCAAGGUGCUCAGCUCUCCAGCAACAUGUUUGGGAGAAAUAUUGGGAAAGCAAAACCAGCUUCCCCAAAGACUACAGGUAAGUCCAAUGCUCCUAAAUGUGUUUUCUCCACACAGGCUGUUGGAUCUACCCAAGGAGCAGAGCAGACCAGCAAGAAGCCUGGACUAAAGACCUGCCCAUGCUGCUCGGGUAGUCACCAUCUUGGGGCUUGCAAGACCUUCCAGCAGAAGACGCGGGAUGAAAGGCUUAAGGUAGUAAGGCAAGCUCGCAUAUGUGAUAACUGCUUUGAGCAGUCACAUAUUGCGAGAAACUGUUCGAAGAAAUCGAAUUGUGAGGUCAGUGGGUGCAAAUGGAAGCAUCAUACCCUCCUUCACUUGCACCAAAGUAAGAACGAAAACAAGGAAGGUCAGGUCCAGAAAGGAUCUAACUCAACAACUGCUGCUACUACUGUAACUGGGGCCGGCAAGGCUAAGGCCGAUGCCAACGACGAAGACAUACCUGCAGGCAACUGCAACAGCACUAUGACCACAAACCAUAGGGUAUGUCUUCGAGUGGUGCCAGUGAUAAUACAAGGGCGACACAAAGAGAUACAAACCUUGGCGUUACUUGAUCAGGCAAGCGAUGUAUCUCUAUGUGAUGAAAGUCUUGUCCAUGAACUUGGUAUUACUGGCAAGCGAAGGGAUUUUCAUCUGACGACAGUCAAUGAAAAGAACACCAAAAAGAGUGGACUAGAAGUCCGUCUUUCUGUAAAGGGCCUUAACUGCACAGAACAGAUCGACAUGCCCAAGGUCUGGACAGUAUCGAAGCUGCCUAUUUCAGGCGGAUUAAUUCCAGACCAGAGGGAUAUCCAGAAAUGGAAUCACUUGAAGGGAAUUGAAUUCCCGCGAAUCCAAGAGAGGGACAUCAAGCUACUAAUUGGUGGAGAUAUUCCAGAGGCCUUUUGGGUCUUGGAACAACGAAGAGGGAAUAAGAAGGAACCUUUCGCUAUACGAUCUCCACUAGGAUGGACUUUGAUGGGCCCAACCCGCCAAGGGCAUAACCACUCCGAUGGGUUCAAUGUCAACUUUACGCAAAUUGAAUCUGUUGACCUUCAUCAACAGUUAAGCAGAUUCUGGCAGCUUGAUCAUCAGGUAGGUAAGGGUACUGAAGAAAGGCUUGGGUUAUCGGUUGAAGACAAGAGGGCAAAGGCCAUCAUGGAAGGUUCCAUACAGCUUGUCAACAACCAUUACGAGCUGGGCCUCCCAUGGAGACACGAACGACCAUAUCUACCUGACAAUCUUCCCUCUGCACAGGCAAGACUAAAAUACCUGAAGAAACGCUUCUUAAAGGAUGAUGCCCUCUUCGAGAAGUAUAAGUCAACUGUGCAGGGAUACAUUGAGAAAGGGUAUGCAGAGGAAGUGAACCAUGAAGAAGUUCCAAAUGAGGAAGAAUCAUGGUAUCUUCCCCAUCACCCUGUUGUUCACCCUCGUAAACCUGAGAAGGUAAGAGUUGUUUACGAUUGUGCAGCUAAAUACAAAGGGACAUCCCUCAAUGACCAACUCCUGCGUGGCCCCGAUCUAACUAACAGUAUUGUCGGAGUCCUUACAAGGUUCCGACAAGAACGGGUCGCAGUGGUUGGUGAUAUUGAGGCCAUGUUUCACCAAGUUAAAGUCCCUGAGAAAGACCGUCAUGCUCUGCGUUUCUUAUGGUGGAAGGAUGGUGACCUGACAGCACAUCCAACCUCCUAUCAAAUGACUGUACACUUGUUUGGAGCCACAUCUUCACCAAGCUGUGCCGCAUUUGCUCUAAGAAAGACAGCAGAGGAUAAUGAGAAGGACUUCAGCAAAGAAGCAGUCAAUACAGUCCGAGAGAACUUCUAUGUGGAUGACUGUUUGAAGUCUGUACCGACAAAGGACGAUGCUGUCAAAAUUGUACAGGAGCUAUGUGACUUGUUGAAGAAAGGUGGUUUCCACUUGACGAAGUGGGUAAGUAAUGAUUGGGAUGCAUUGUCCUCGAUACCAGAGGCUGAGAGAGCUCCUUCGGUCAUUGACUUGGACCUAGAUGGACUUCCGAUAGAACGUACUCUGGGUGUCCUUUGGGAUGUGUCCAAUGACCACUUUGGAUUUAAAGUCAGCAUCGAGAAACCCCCAUCAAGGAGGGGAAUAUUAUCUAUGAUCAGCUCUCUUUAUGACCCUUUGGGUUUCGUAGCACCAUUUGUUCUUCCAGCAAAGAUGCUACUCCAGUCAAUAUGCCGCAGAGGAGCAGACUGGGACCAACUUGUGGAAGGAGAAUAUCUUCAAAAAUGGAGAAAAUGGCUAGAUGACCUUCCACAUCUUUCGGACAUUGCUAUUCAGCGAUGUCUUAAGCCCGUGAACUUUGGCGAGGUGACAUCACGACAGCUCCACCACUUCUGUGAUGCAUCAGAACGUGGUUAUUCGGCUAUGUCGUAUCUUCCUCAGGUAAGUGAAGGUGGCAAGGUGCAUUGCUCCUUCAUCAUGGGAAAGUCUCGACUUUGUCCACUCAAGGCAACGUCGAUACCACGUCUGGAGUUAACAGCAGCUGUUCUAGCGGUUAGCCUGGACCAACAAAUCAAGGAUGAAUUGCGGCUCCCUGUGACAUCACCCACAUUUUGGACUGAUUCAACAUCUGCACUUCAGUACAUCAUGAAUGAAAGCAGAAGAUUUCAGACAUUUGUGGCUAAUAGGGUUGCCAAAAUUCAUGAAGCAACAGACAAGUCUCAAUGGAGACAUGUAGACACCAAGCUGAACCCUGCAGACGAAGGUUCAAGAGGGUUGUCUGGUAGAGACAUGGCGAGUGAUCCUCGAUGGUUAAAUGGGCCUGAUUUUCUCUGGGAGGAGGAAAGCAGCUGGCCAACCCAACCUUCCGUAUUGCAGGAUGUUUCUGACGAUGACCCAGAGGUUAAGAAGACUGCUCAAGUCAACCUAUCUUCUGUGGAAAAGGAUGUAGGAAUAAACAUGCUUCAAAGAUAUUCCUCUUGGAAUAAACUGAAAAGAGGAGUAGCAUGGCUACAGAGGUACAGGGAGUACCUCCAAGCGAAGACCAAUAGACCAAACCUCACAGGAAUCUUGAAAAGGACGAUCUCGUGA